UUGAGUUCCUCGUCGUUACCAAACCAGUGGUUACUAAACCGGUUCAUUUGCUUUAUUCAGUCAAUGAGAUUAAAAAAAAUGAUUUUAUGUUUUUCGUUCGGUUGAAUCUUUUAACUGGUUCGCUUCUUUUAUUCAGUCAAUGAGGUUAAAUUAUUUUACCAAAAAAAGAUUAAAGAAUCACAAAGAGGAAAAUAACAUUUAUCCAAGAAUUUCUGAUAUCAUAAUCAUAGUUCCUCGUCGUUACUAAAAAACGAAUGGUUACUAAACCGAUUCGUUUAUUUCAUUCAAUCUAUAAGGUUAACCGGUUCAUGUUCUUGGUUCGUUUCGGUUGAAUCUUUAACUGUUUUAGCGGUAAAAAGAACCACAUUGUUUAGUCAUUUCCUUAUUCUUUCACAGCGCUCUCAUGGCUUCUCCAAAGCGCUCGUGGUCGUUGUCCCUGAUGCCACCGGAGAUAAUACAAGAAAUCUUUUACAAGACUCCGGCGGAAGCUCUCGUCCGAGCAAAACCGACAUGCAAGGAAUGGUACGCUCUCCUCACCGACGCAAGUUUCAUCAACGAACACUUCCAACGCUCCAAAGAACACUUCAUAAGAAUCUUCGAUACGGUAAAGAUCAUGGAUCCAGUGACCGCAACGAGCUCAGUUUCACCAAUCCCAAACGAGCUACUACAACAUCCAUAUACGAUCCAUAACUUGGUCUACACGCGCAUGGUUCACUGCGACGGACUCAUGCUGGUUGGUUAUCGAGGUUGGAAGUACAGAAGCGACGGUUCAAGAAUCUCCAACCUCGCACUUUGGAACCCUGUUUUGAAAAACCUCAGAUGGGUCGAGCCGCCCGUGGAAACUAUCACGAGUACUGAUUAUUUCGGGAUUGGAUACAACAGCGACGGCUACAAGAUCGUGAGGUUUACUACUCGUCCGUUUGAGGUUGAGUGUUGCGAGGAUGUGCCAGAGGUUGAGAUUUACGAGUUCAAGACGAGUUCUUGGAGAACUAUUGGUGGAGAAGUUGAUACUGAUGUGGAGAUUACGAGUAACAGUGUGGCUGUGAUGGGUAACAUGUAUUGGACUGCUUAUAGAGUAGAAACACCAGAAGAAGAGUUCAUUAGGGUUUUCGAUUUCUCGGAUGAAACAUUCAAGGACAUAUGCUUCUCUCCAACCUCUUACGUUAAUAGUCAUUUAUCUUGUUUCAAUGGAGAUAACUUGUCGUUGCUACAACAAGACCAAGCAUCAAGAAACAUUGAGGUGUGGGUUUCGAGCAAGUUGGGUGAUGGUGAUGUCACGUUUAGCAAAUAUUUUAGUUUGUCCCGUCCUGAUCUUCCGGCGUUACGGGUCCGUGAUGAUGCUAGACCUGUAUACUGCUUUGUGAAGCCUAAGAGUGUCAUCGUAUGGUGCGUGGAAGUUGAAGGAAAAGGUACUGAUAAGGCUUGUACUUGCUGUACUCUUUAUGAGAUUGGUGAGGAUGGGGUGAAGAGUAAACGCGAGACAGAACGAAGCUACGUGCGUGACUAUUCUCGCGCCUUCCGGUGUGGGUAUGUGUAUGUUCCAAGUAUGAUCCCUCUUCCAUGGGUAAGACAUUAGGGUUUUCGUUUUGU